AUGUCUUCUUCUAAUCCCGGAGAACCAAUACCACAACUUGGAGCAUUAGAAGAAGAUGACGAAUUUGAGGAAUUUGCUGCAGAAGAUUGGAAUGAAACUGAAGAUGAUAAAGAAACGAAAUUAUGGGAAGAUAAUUGGGAUGAUGAAGAUGUGGAAGAUGAUUUCUCGACGCAAUUAAGAGCUGAACUCACUAAAGCACAAUCCCAACCACAGCCAAUGAAGAUGUAG